AAAAAAGUGUUUAGUCGAUCACAAUAUACCGUAAUCACUAGAAUUUUUUUUAUUGAUUUUAUGACAUUUAUCACAUACAAACAAUACUGUUUGCAAACGUACAUGUGGUAUAUAGUCAGAAGAGCUGACGCUGCAAAAUAAUAGUAACAAAAUAAUAUUGGUUCGGUUGACAACAAUUGUGAUUGAAAAUGUUUAAAUUCGACGAGAUUUAUCAUUUAAAAUUGUUAGAAGUAUUGCAAAACGGCAGCUAUAAUUGUAUCAUAGUAUACUCCUAGUUCUGGCCUUAUAUCUAAUUUCAACGUGAUUGCAUUUGUGGAACUAGACACCGAAAUUUUUCGUUUAAACCACAGAAUCUACCUCGUUCUUCAAUUUAUUCUUUUAUUUUGUGUCCAUUCUUUUGUUCUUCCAUACACAUUCGUGAAUUGAUUUAUUCUUAUUCGUUGUCUACAAUCUAUCAUCGAAUCCAAUAUGCAACAAAUUUACUUUUAUUCGAUUAUCUUUGUGAUGGGGGUUAUAAGUUCUGUUACAAUUAUGUUAAUUUUAACACAUUUUUCGCCAACCACACGAAAACUACCAAAUUACUUAUCGGAUGUGCACUAUCUCCAAGUGCGUGACGAUUAUUCAUUGUAUUCGGUUAGUUCUGAUCAUCUUAAAAAUGCUGCAUCCGAUCCACACGAGAAAAUAGGCAAAAAACGAAAUUCAGUUGAAGAUGAAAAUGAAGCUCUUAGUACGUUAAAAGUUGCGCUAGACCUUAAGUACCAAGGAAAAAUUGAUAAAGCCUUACGAUUAUUUCAACAUGCACUUGCUUUGGCUCCAAAACAUCCCGAAGUGCUAAAUAAAUAUGGUGAAUAUCUUGAGCAUAGUCAUUCUGACGUUAUCUCGGCAGAUAUGAUGUAUUUUCAGGCACUCACUGCCAAUCCAAGCCACAGCGAAGCACUGGCAAAUCGAAUGCGUACGGCUACUAUUGUUGAGGCAUUGGAUCAAGAACGUCUUAAUAAAUUGGAUGCAAAACGUGAUGCAUUAUCAAGCAUACAUGAGUCGAAUGCUGCAUUGCGACGCGUUAAAAAAGAAGCAUAUUUUCAACACAUUUAUCAUUCGGUCGGUAUAGAAGGAAACACCAUGACACUAGCACAAACGAGAUCAGUGCUCGAAACACGGAUGGCUGUUGGCGGCAAAUCCAUCGACGAACAUAAUGAAAUUUUGGGUCUCGAUGCCGCACUUAAAUACAUAAAUGCCACAUUGGUUAAUCGAAACGAUUUCAUAUCAAUUGAUGAUAUUUUGGAAAUUCACAAACGUGUAUUAGGUCACGUUGAUCCAAUUGAAGGCGGUGAAUUUCGUCGAACGCAGGUUUAUGUCGGUGGUCACAUUCCCCCAGGUCCAAAUGACCUAUUAAUAUUAAUGCAACACUUUGUUCAAUGGCUUAACUCGGACCAAGCUCUAUCGAUGCAUCCAAUCAAAUAUGCAGCACUUGCACACUACAAAUUAGUUCACAUACACCCAUUUACCGAUGGAAAUGGUCGAACAUCACGCUUGCUAAUGAACACAAUUCUUAUGCGAUCCGGAUAUCCACCAGUUAUCAUACCAAAGCAACAACGACAUAAAUAUUACGAUUUUCUGCAAGUGGCCAAUGAAGGUGACACACGACCAUUUAUCAGAUUUAUCGCCGAUUGUACAGAAAAAACAUUGGAUUUAUUCUUGUGGGCAACAAGCGAGCUAUCGCAUCAAGUACCAUUGCUUUCUGAUCCAGAUGAACAUGGAUCGAACAUAUACGAUCAUAUAUUGGAUAAUGACAGUGAUGAAUCAAGUGGCGAUAAUACGCCAAUACCCUAAAAACGUGAAAAAAGCAUAUUCAAAAAAAGGAAAGAAAUCUCGUGAGCAACAAAUACGCACAAAUCUUUUACACACUGUUGACCGGUGAAUUGUAACGUUGCUCAUGGCAUUUUUUUUUGUAAAAGUCUGUGAUUCAAUCCGUGAUUGCACAAAACUAAUAGUAAUGAAAGACGAAACGGCCAUUUAUUAGUUUGUGUUUUAUUUUAGCAUUGACAUUUCUACAUGGAUGAACUCGUUAUGAUUAGUUAUGAACAUUCAUCAAAAUUUUUGAUUCAAAAAUGAUGUUUAUAUUAACUUUUUUCCCAAAAAUAUGGAGUUUUACUCCAGUAAACUAAACAAAAACUUCUAUUUCAUUAUAUCCAGAAAAUAAUUGUAAAAAUAUUUG